CCUGCGGGCCGCUAUAAACCAGCCUUCUGCGCAUGCGCAGGGAUCCUUGCGGAGCAGCUUCCUGCCAGAUAGUGCUCCUUAACAACAGACAAAGCUUUCCUGCGGAUUCCCGGGAAUAGUUUGGAUAAAGGCUCCUGGACCCCCCUCCUUUCCAUGGGUCCUGCCAGGCGCUGCGACUGAGCGUGGAGAGGUGCCGGCUCGCCCCGCCGCGGACAUGGACGAGUCGCAGGAGCUGCCGGCGAAGAAGGCAAAGAUGGCCGCAGACGGCGAUCAGCAGACCGAGCAGAGUCGUCUAAACGCUGACCGGACUCCAGCAGCUGUUCUGGCUUCAUCAGAGGAGGACGCCUCCUACCCGCCUCUGUCUAUAACCCGCCUCGAAGCAGCUGCAGGUGAGCAGAAGCAGCCAGGCAGCGACGGAGGAGAAGCGACCCAACCCAUCGGCGACACGGUGAACUCCUACCAACAUGCAGAGUCCGACUCGGCCCAGUCCGACUACAGCCAGCAGGUCUACCAGGAGGCCAACCCUGCAGUGACGACCUUCACCAGCCAGGUGGCGUUCCCUGCUCUGGCCCAGUCCACGGUGUACUCGUCCUUCCCGCAGACCGGACAGACCUACGGCCUUCCUCCCUUCGGUGCUCUGUGGCCCGGUAUAAAAACUGAGACAGGGCUGCCUGAGGCGCCCUCCGGUGGCCAGCCGGGGUUCCUAAGCUUCAGCACGGCAUACACCUCCACCCAGUCAGGCCAGCUGCACUACUCUUACCCGAGCCAAGGGUCCAGCUUCACCACGUCCAGCGUUUACUCCAACAUCCCGCCUGCUACGGCCGUCAGCACCGCCUCUGCAACCGCUGGACAGCAGGACUUCAGCAGCUACAGCUCUCUGGGACAGGCCCAGUUCUCCCAGUACUACCAACUACCUACCAGUUACACUCCUGCUGGGCUGACCAGCGCAGACGAGCACGGAACCGGAGCCGGCGUGGGCGGAUUCUCAGCGGUGAAGUCUGAGGAGGCCGCCUCGGCCGGACUUCCUCCUCGAGAUGCGUCUCCACCAGAGAACCUUCCUGCAGCGGCGGCUCUGCCCACAGGGGGCGCCAGAGACCAGGAGGACGUUGCUCCGAGGAAUUCGGUGGGAAAGUCUAAAGCCAAGGCCAAGAAGUCGGAGAACUCGGCGCCAGCCGGCGGUGACCUGGAGCGGAUCUUCCUGUGGGAUCUGGACGAGACCAUCAUCAUCUUCCACUCGCUGCUCACCGGAACCUACGCUCAGAAGUUUGGCAAGGACCCGGCGACCAUGCUGAACCUGGGUCUGCAGAUGGAGGAGCUGAUCUUCGAGCUGGCGGACACUCAUCUGUUCUUCAACGACCUGGAGGAAUGCGAUCAGGUCCAUAUCGAGGACGUGGCGUCUGACGACAACGGACAAGACCUGAGCAACUACAACUUCUUGGCGGACGGCUUCAGCGGUUCCGGUGGCGCCGGGGGAGCGGCCGGCGGCGCCGCCGGGGUCCAGGGCGGGGUGGAAUGGAUGCGGAAACUGGCCUUCCGCUACCGCCGGCUAAAAGAGAUCUACAGCAGCUUCAAAGGGAACGUUGGGGGUCUGCUGAAUCCGGGGAAGAGAGACCUUCUCCUUCGGCUUCAGUCCGACAUCGAGAACGUCACGGACUCGUGGCUCACCACGGCGCUGAAGUCUCUGCUGCUCAUUCAGUCCAGAGGGAAGUGCGUGAACGUGUUGGUCACCACCACUCAGCUGGUCCCGGCGCUGGCCAAAGUUUUGCUGUACGGCCUGGGAGACGUCUUCCCCGUGGAGAACAUCUACAGCGCCACAAAGAUCGGGAAGGAGAGCUGCUUCGAGAGGAUCGUUUCUCGCUUCGGGAAGAAGGUGACGUACGUGGUGAUCGGCGAUGGGCGGGAUGAGGAGUUUGCAGCAAAGCAGCACAACAUGCCCUUCUGGAGGAUCUCCACCCACGGCGACCUCGUCUCCCUCCACCAGGCGCUGGAACUGGACUUCUUGUAACCGACCCACGUUGGAAGCGGUGCACCAGAAGGGUGGUGCACCUGGGUCUGGGUCGACCCCGCCCUAUACGGCAGCUAAACUGUGACUGGGACCCGGUUCACUGCUCCUGCCGGGCUUCAUGUCUCUAUCUGGACUGGAGCGCUGGUAGAACCUCCCUGUUGGUUCUGUUUGUUUUAUUCGGACCCAGAAAUCCUCCUGAGACUCUUCUGGACGGUUCUGUUGACUUUGGGUUGAAACCUGUUGAUCCAGACUGGAUCGCCGCCGCGCUCUGUGUGCGCAGGUCGGUCCGGUUCUGCUGCAUGCUAACCUGGUUCUGUCUGGUCUCCAGCAGAACCGGUUCAAACAGACUCUCAGUGUUCAGGAAGACUUUCCACCCAAAGAACCAGAACCGGUCCUGCUGCAUCCCAAAAACUCCUCAUCAGGACUGGCGGAAGCUGUCACCAUGGUAACCAGAACCAGUAUCUGAGCGACUCUGGUUGUUUGGGAGGAAGUCCGGGUUCUGGUGUUGAAAGAGGAGCGUUUUUCAGACCCGAUGGGGUCUGAUGAACCGGAGGAGGUUCCUCUGCAUGCGGUGGACCGCUGAACCAUCUGACUCGGACCUGGACUGGGUCAGAACCAGUUCCUGUAGUUCGUGCCUUUAAUCUCCGCCUGAAGCGUCUCUCAUCCAAAGUGUUUGUUUGGUUCUGUUUCAUGUUCUACCUGCACUGUGAUCCACAGGUGUCCGGCCCGUCCGGGACCGACCCAGACGGCUCCUGUUUGAUCGGUUCUGUUGGGUCCGUCUCGGUGGUUUGUUUGUUUUUUUUAGUUGCCCUGACAAUCAGAGGUCCGAUCAGGCUGCAGGAAAACGGUUCUGGAGAACAGAGGCAGACGGACCUGACCAGAACCAGUGGGAUGAUGUCUGACGUUCUGACCCGUCCUGCUGGUUCUGGAGUCGCUCCAUCGGUCUGAAUGAAGCAGCCUGCUUCCUCCAGCCGAUGAGCUCGGCUGGUUUCUCUGUUCCUGCUCUGAUCUACGGAACCAGAACCGGAUCCGGAUCCAUCCCUAGAACCUGCACGGUCCUCCUGAGUGUGGGAAGCACUCGGGUCUGUAAAUACAGUUUAAACAUUUCAGCCUCAUGUUUGUCUUUUCUGAAAUGAAGUCACUGAUGUCACUCAGUCCACAAACGGAUUCAUUUCAUAAAGUUAGAACUCGCUUCUUUUCGGCCAUUUUGAAUAAUAAACUUUGGUUUAUGUGCGAA